AUGAUUCUCUCGCACUAUAUCCUGCUCCCAGCCGCCGGGCUCAUCUUGUUUGGACUCAAGCCGAAGCCUCCCCAUAGCCUGAUCUGGGGCCACCUAAAACUCUUCAACGAGGUCAUCAAGCUUUUCCCGGACAACACUGCACCCGCCGCAUAUUACACCGAGAUUGCGCAGCGAUACCAGCUCAAGAAGUUGUUCUACCUGGACCUCUGGCCAUUCGCGCCAUCACAGCUCGUGCUCAUCUCACCAGAGACCGCAGCCCUCGUUACAACGGUCGAAGACUACCCAGUGCACGAUGUCGCCACCGGCUUCGUCUCGGCACUUAUAGGCAAGACCAUGAUCGCCGCGGUCAAUGGGCAGCCCUGGAAGGCGCUGCAUAAUAUGAUAGCGCCAGCGUUCCGCCCUUCGGCGCUAAAGCGCAUGGUCCCGGUCAUCGCAGACCAGACCAUGUCUGUGCUCCAUGCAGCGCUGUCCCGCCGCGCCGCCAGUGGCCAGGCAUUCGCCAUGGAAGACGUAGCCGCGCAGCUUGUGUUCAGGAUGAGCAGCAAGAUUAUCUUUGGGGUUACUGUCUCUGACGAAGCGAAUGAGCGGCUUCUUGCAGACUUUGCGGUCAUCUUGGAGUAUGCGAAGAUUCUGACGCAGGUCCAACCAGGUAACCCCUUCAGGAAGGUGUUCUGGUGGUGGAAGCAGAGAGCAGCUGCUCGGCGCAUCGACGCGUUCCUUGGGGCACUUGCGAAGGAGCGGCACAUAGAGAUGGUUAGAAGGGAUUCUGCAGAGGGUGGCGACAAGGAAGGGCUGGGGAAGAGUACAAUGAGUGUCCUGGAUCACAUCCUUGUUGGCUUAUUGCCCAUGGAAAAUAGCGGGCAGGUUCCGGAUACCCUGACAGCUGCAGUUUCCCGGACAAUCGUUGAAAACCUCAAGGGUCUUCUACUCGGCGCAUACGGAACCACAACAGAUACAUUAUGCUUCAUUUACAUCCUCCUCUCUACGCAUCCCACCGUGAUGCAGAAACUCCGGGAGGAGCACGACCGGGUAUUCAGGACCGGUUUACAGACCACCCAGCAUACGCUCAAAGAGAGCCCUGAUAAGCUCAGUGAGCUGCGUUAUACAACCGCCGUUAUUAAAGAGACACUGCGACUGUUCCCUGUGGGGUUCGGAGUCCGAUCGGCCAAGUCAGGGAUCCCUGCUUUAGAGUACCAGGGGCGGACCUACCCAACACCAAACCAAAUGAUCAUCCCCUGCACACACACCAUCCACUAUGAUGCAGAAAUAUUCCAAAGCCCCGCGACCUUCAACCCCGAACGCUUCAUGGACCCUUCGACCGCGAUCCCUCUGAAUGCCUGGCGACCAUUUGAGCGAGGCCCGCGGGCGUGCAUGGGUCGGGACUUGGCAAUGCAAGAACUAUGCAUUAUCCUGCUACUUACUGUGCGGAGCUUUGAGUUUGAGUGUGUUGGACUGCAGCCCAGGGCCGAGCCUAGUGUCUUGUACACGAAUUUGGAUCUCCGCCUGGGUGAUUUGGCUUUCCAGGAGUCGUCGUUUUCUGCGAAGCCGAGGGGUGGCGCGGUUAUGAGGGUUGCAUCAGUUCAUUGGUAUGAUUGUGUUUGA